UCCGUCACGAAAUAUCGCAUAUCUAGAUAGAUCAAAGCGAUUGUCUUCGACUACUAGUUACCGCGUGACUUAAGAAUCGAGAAAAUAGAAAUUGACAAAGAAAUACUGCUAUGCAAGUUGAACGAUACACGGACAUGUCCAUCAAAAUGUCAGAAUUUUUGCUAAAAAUCACAGGUCUCUCGAGAACGACGAACAACGCCGAAGAGACCAGAAGAAAAUUGGCGAUAGUCUAUACCAUCGUUGCGCUCGUUUAUGGAGUGUACGUGAACGUAGUGGAUAUUUCUCACAAUAUGGAUAAUUUAGACCACUGUAUCUUUUUGGCUUCCAACACAUUGAACAUAUUAUUGGCAAUGUUCAAACUUUCGGUGAUAAACUUUUAUAAAACAGAAUUCUCGGAUAUGAUCGUAUAUGCGCAAAAGCAUUUCUGGCAUUUCAAUUAUGACGACAAUGACAAGAUACUUUUCGCGGAGUGCGGAAGAUUUUGCAAACUGUGGACGGUAUUUCUAUUCUUCGUUACGCAAACCGCCUUGUCUUUCUAUGCGAUAGCGCCAAUCUCCGCGAAUAUUGCAAACAAUAAUUCAGAGAGGUUGCUUCCAUUCAAAAUGUGGGUCAAUCUACCGCUAACUGUGACACCUUAUUACGAAAUAAUGUUUGCUAUCGAGUUACUGGCCGUACAACAAAUUGGCGCGAGCUAUAUAUGCCCCGACAACUUCUUGUGCGUGCUAAAUCUACACGUGGUCUACCAAUUUCGUAUGCUGCAGAACACGUUAACGAAUCUAUGGUCGAACAUCGACGAACGAACAGAUAUCGUCGAGUACUCGAACGAAUGCUACGUAAUGUUGAAAAAAUGCAUCCGAAAACAUCAAUCGUUGAUCGAAUUCAGCGCCAAACUCGACGACAUUUACACGCUGCCGAUCCUCAGCCACAUGGUUAUCUUUAGCGUGCUGAUGUGUUUCGACACGUACGAGGUUAUUCUGGCGGACGUAUCUCCUGGGACACGACUUAUUUUCUUCUUCCACAUGAUCGGUAGUUUUACCCACAUCAUUUUUUUCACGUACAUCUGCAAUGGUUUGGUAGAAGAGAGCACGAAUAUUAGCACGGCAUCGUAUUCAGGAUGGUGGACGAUUUUGCCAAUGACCGAAACAGGCAGAAAGAUACGCAAAGAUACGAGGAUAAUGAUCAUGAAAUCGAUGCGACCGUGUUAUCUGUCCGCCGGAGGAUUCUUUCCUGUCACUUUGGAAACAUCUACCGCGCUUAUAAGCUCGACGAUGUCGUACUUCACUCUCAUGAGGGAAUCGUCUAUAAAAGCAGCAGCAGAAUAAUUAAUCAUAAAUG